AUGGCGGACUCCUUCGAUUUCCCACGUACCCGCUCAUCCAGCACGCUGAGCACAGCGUCCAUGUCGAGCCGCCUGCUCCUGCGCCAGAAGCUCAGCCAGCUGCUGAGGUCAGUGGAGGACCUGAGCUCGGACGAGGAGACCAACGAGGAGGUGACACGCACGCUGGACGAGGCCUUCAGCAUGUGUGGACGCUGGACCAACAAAGAGUUCUUCAGGCUCCAGAUGGUGACAUGGAACGUGGCGACGGCAGAGCCCCCUACUGAUGUCAUCUCGCUGCUGCGGCUGGACUCGCAGCCCGCCACAGACCUCUACGUGAUUGGUCUGCAGGAGGUGAGCGCUGCUCCAGUGAAGUACAUCUCAGACCUGAUCAUGGACGACACGUGGAGCCAUCUCUUCAUGGACACCCUGGCACCCAGAGGAUACGUCAAGUUGGCUUCGGUCCGCAUGCAGGGUCUUCUCAUUCUGCUGUUUGCCAAACAAGUACACCUCCCGUUCAUCAGGGACGUCCGAACUACCUACACACGCACAGGAAUCUUUGGCUACUGGGGCAACAAGGGCGGGGUGUCCAUCCGUCUGUCCUUCUACGGCCACCUGCUGUGCUUCCUCAACUGCCACCUGGCGGCGCACAUGAACUACGCCCUGCAGCGCAUGGACGAGUUCGAGUACAUCCUGGACACACAGGAGCUUGACAUCUUCGAGACGCCAAAUAUCCUCGAUCACAAAGUGGUCUUCUGGUUCGGUGAUCUGAACUUCCGUAUCUCUGACCAUGGCAUGCACUUCCUGCGCUCCUCCAUUGAUGGGGGCCGCUACAACCUGCUGUGGCAGAAGGACCAGCUAACCAUGCUAAAGAAGAAGGAGCCGCUACUGCAGGAGUUUGAGGAGGGCCCGCUGCAGUUCAAACCCACAUACAAGUUCGACAAGAACUCUGACACAUACGAUACCAGCAUGCCGAAGACAUGGUUUGGCUUUAAUGGCAAGAAGAGGAAGCCGGCCUGGACCGACCGCAUCCUGUGGCGCGUGAAGCCCAAGGGAGAGGAUGACGACAACUCGCCGGGCUCGCUGGAUGACGAUGACGAGUACCCUCUCAAGGUGGUGCAGGACGUCUACACCUGCAACAUGGAGUAUGGUGUCAGCGACCACAAGCCUGUCACCGCCAUCUUCACACUGGAGAUGCGUAAGAAGCAUGAGAAUCCCCUGGUAAACCUCAGUGCAGAUGGGGUGUGGAGCGCUGAUGAGGCCGCCACAGUGUCCUACUCCGUCCAGGACCCGUUCCCCUCCUGCACCUACGACUGGAUCGGCCUUUACAAGACCAACUUCAAGAGUCCCUACGACUAUGUGGCUUUUGCCUGGGCUAAGGACUACGAAGUUCCCCUUAAUGAAAUUGUGAAGGUGACGAUCAGGAGAGAUGAUAUCCCACAGGUCGGAGGUCAGUAUGUCCUCGGCUACUUCAGCACCAAUCUGCAGAGCCUCGUUGGCCUCAGCCCACCUUUCCAGGUCCAGGAGUCCAAGCUGGACAGUGCAUCGGUGAACAGCAGGGCAAAGUGA